AUGGAAGCACUCGCCAGAACGCUGGUCGGCACGGACAGGGAACCGCUCUGCUUCCUGAACAUCGGCGGUGUCUCCAACCUGACUUUCAUCAGCGGCGACCAUCUGCUUGCCUUUGAUAUCGGGCCGGGGAAUGCUCUCCUGGAUGACUGGAUCAGGGUGCAUGGCGCGGGUGACUAUGACGCCGGUGGAGUGAUUUCGGCAAAGGGGCGGGCAGACGAAGAGCGGCUGAUCGAAGCGUUGAAGCAUCCGUUCCUGUUGGAAACCGGACCGAAGUCGCUUGACCGCUACAGUUUUUCCGCGGACUUCGUUGAGGGCAUGAGCCUUGAGGACGGAGCUGCAACACUGCUGACUUUCACUGCCGAGGCGAUUGCGAAGGCGGAAACGCUCUUGCCCCAAAAGCCCGGCCUGUGGCUUGUUUGCGGAGGCGGUCGCCACAACCCGGUUCUAAUGCAGGCGCUCAGGGUUCGUCUUGCAGGCGAUGUCGUGUCUGCGGACGACUACGGCAUUGAUGGCGAUGCGCUUGAAGCUCAGGCCAUGGCGUUUUUGGGCGCCCGCCUGAAGGAAAUGUCAUUUACCAGAUAUCUCAUCACCACAGCAUCCACGGUUUGUCUUGUUGCCGGCACGGCGCUCUCAGCAAGCGCGGCCACGCUGAUCGUCGGCAACAAAUAUGCGGGGACCGUCAGCUUCAUUGAUCUGGAAUCGGGUCAGGAGGUGAAACGGCCGGUCACAGGCGGCUCGCCUCAUGAACUGGUCUUGUCUCCGGACGGUGAGCAGGUUGUGGUCGUUUCCUACCUCGAAGACGGCUAUAUCGGCCGCGAGCUCAAUGUUUUCGAUGUUGCCACUGCUGCACAUCUGAAGACGAUCGAUAUCUCGCCGCACAUGGCACCGCAUGGAAUCGCGUGGCUUGGAGAUACCGACAGCGUAAUCGUGACAACAGAAGAAACGCGGGACGUCAUUACUGUUGAUGUUGUGAAAGGAACAGUCACCGGGCAAGCCGGACCGGGACUGAUCGGCACGCAUUUGCUUGCACUGUCACCGGAUUCCUCGACGGCAUACGUGACCAGCCGGGGAUCGGACAAGGUCUCGGUAGUUGAUGCGAAGACAAUGAAAAUCACCCACACGGCAAACACGGAUGUCGGGCCCGAGGCUGUCGAUGUCAGCCCCGACGGCAAGCAAUUGUGGGUUGGAAACAAUCAGUCCGAAACGAUCAUCGUGUUCGAUCCGCAAACCAUGGAGAGGCAGGAGGUGAUCGAAGCCGGUUUCCUGCCGAUCCGGGUCCGGUUUCACCCCGAAGGCCAGGCGGUUGCCGUGGCCGAUCUGCGCGGUGAUCGCGUAGUUGUCUAUGAAAGCGGAAACCGGGAGGUCAAGGCGGAAAUCGAUCUUGCACCACACGGAGCCUACGGGCCGGCAUCGCUGCUCUUUUCACCCGAUGGCAAUUCCCUGUUUGUCGGUGCGCAGGAUGGCGCGCGGGUCGCAGAAAUCGAUACGUCGUCCUGGUCGGUUAUCCGGGUCAUCGAAACGGAUGAAGGCGCGGACGGCCUUGCUUACAGUGACAUGAAGGUCAGCGUUUGA